AUGAGCUCGGAUAACCUGGUGUUGUUCGAUAUGGCCUGUGGUAUUGGAGAAGUAACAUUGGCCGUGAUGGAAUGGUGGACUUCAGGUCGACUCGCGUAUGAUGCGUCGCAAGCCCCCGUCUCGAACAGUGGAGAGCCUGCUAAGAUCCAUCCAGGGGGAUUAGCGAUUGCGCCCAUUGCGCAGAGACGCGCUGCGAGAGUAUCCUUGGCCCCUCCCAUAGGGACUGAUAUGUCCAAACCCACUAUCCUAGCGGCGGAUCCAUAUACAUCAGAAGCAUUCCGUUCACGAACAUCUCUGACUUGCGCACCACUAUCUUUCCGAGAUAUUGCGGAAGGUGCAAUACCCAGUAGAUCACCCAAAAUAUCGGUCAUUGAUCAUGAGAAUAAGGGUUCAAACAUCAAUAUAGAGAGUGAUUUAGCCCCUGGCGAGGUUCUGAUUGAGAUGGUGAUAUGUUCCUUCGCGUUACAUCUCAUCGAGACGCCUUCAGAACUGUUCGCUCUACUCUGGGAGCUCAGUACGAAGGCACGAUGGCUCAUUAUCUUAGCUCCCCACAAGAAACCCGACAUAAAAGAUGGAUGGGGUUGGUGCAAGUGGGACGUUGAAGCCUGGUCGGAAGCUCGCGUCGGAGAAUCAAAAGGAGAAUAUCUACAAGACAGAGUACAUUGUCGCGUAUACAGGAGCCUGAAUGUAUGA